AUGAAUGUUGAUAAAGUAAGAAAUAGAAAGAGUAGAGCACCAUGGCAAGCUAAUCAAUCUUCUAAUAGAACUCAUACUAAUCCUUAUGCUAUUGGUUACAACAAUGAAACACCAACAACUUCUCCAAUAAGAUCAAAAUCAAAUACUCUUCAAUUACCAGGUGAACAUAUUGAAGGUCCUUAUCUUCCUGCUGCUACCACCACCAUUCCUGGGCAGGCGGCACCCAUUGAUCAGGAUAGAAAACAUAGUAGAAGAUUAAGUAUUCAUGCUUCUGCUGCUGCUCUUGCUCAUAGAAGAUCGUUUAGUCAAAUUAGAUAUGAUACCGGUAAUGCUCCACCAUUACCAAGUUUAGAUGUUGAAAAAUUAUCCGAUAUUAGUGUUGAACAAAGAAUUUAUAAAGAAUUAGGUAAUGGAUCGGCUGCUCAAGUUGAUGAUUAUUAUAAGACUUUAUUAAAACAAAAACAAUUAAUAACAAGAGAUAUUAAAACUAAUAUUAAUCAAAAUCAAAAGAAUAUCCUUCAAUUAACUGAAGAUUUAAAACAAGCUCAAGAAGAAUUAAUGGAUUUAAGAGGAAGUACUAAAGAAUUAUAUGAAGUAUUGGAAAUAUUUAGACAAGCGGCUCAAAGAAGAUUAGAAUUUGAAUUUGAUGUACCAGACCAAUCUCAACAAAAUAAUCAAACACAAAAGCAGCAGCAAUUAGGAAUCCCCAAUAGUAAACGUAAAGAUAGAUCUUCAAUUUUAGUUCUUGAAAAAAUGUGGGCAAGUGAAUUACAAUCCCUUUUUAAACAUGUUGAAGGAGCUUCAAAAUUCAUUCAACCCCUUCCUGGAAGACAUGUAUUAGCUGAAAGUGGUCGUUGGCAAGAAGUUAAUGUAGGGACUUGGAAACCAAAUAAUUUAACUCACUUAUUCGUUUUGAAUGAUUUAAUCCUAAUUGCCAAUAAAAAAUCUUCCGCCAUGCAACAACAACAACAACUGCAGCAAUCAGAUGCUAGCUCUAAACGUGGUCCUUCUCCUAGUCCACAAGGGAAAUCUCGAUUGCAAGCUACUCAAUGUUGGCCAUUAACUCAAGUCACAAUCACCCAAAUAAAACCUCCAAAAACUAAUGAUUCAUCUGUGAAAUUAUAUCUUAUCAAUAUCAAAUCAAAAUCAUUGAGUUAUGUAUAUCAAACUGAUAGAUAUGAUCAUUUCUUAAAAAUAACAGAAGCAUUUAAUAAGGGGCGUAAUGAAAUGGUUCAAAAGGAAAGAUUAUUAUCCCAACCAAUGUCUGAUGAUUUUGAUUCACAAUCAAAUUAUAAUAAUAAUAUCCCUGCUUCUUCUUCUCGAGAUUCAACCAAGGAAGAAAAGAGGCAAUUACGUGAAUCUCUUCGAAAUUCAAGUGGGGCUAAUUAUGAAGGUAUAAUUGAAGAUAAUCAAUUGAAACGAUCAGCAACUACUAAAAAAAGACAUAGUUCUGAAUUUGUAUUACAAGAUAUUUCCGCUCGAGUACAUUCAAGAAAUCGUUCACAUGAUUUUGGUAAAAAGGCAAUCAUCAAUACUAAUAGCAAUGAUAAUAAUAAGAAAUUACAAUUUUUCCAAGAAAUUAAAACUUUGGAAGAUAGGUUGGAUGAUGUUGAUGUUGAAAUUUCUCAUAAUCUGUAUGCCCUGGCCGUGGGAUUAAUCGCCCAUAUCGAAAAUAAACUCCAUCAAAUUGAAUCCUCCCUCUUACUGUCCACCACCACCACCACCACCAAACAACUUGGAGAUGAACAAUUACUCCUCGAUGUCUCCCGGUUAAAAAUCAAAAACAGAAAAGAAAGCAUCCAACUCAUCCUAAAAUUCGACCUCACUCACAAUAUCUCAAAACUAACCGAAUCAGAUAUCGAAAACAUCCUAACCUAUUUCGACAGCUUUGACCAACUCCAAACCGGGAUUCAAACCUAUUUAGAUUCAAUGUCAUCCUACCUCUCCACCACCAUCUCCCGGCUAAUCGUCGGCUUGCAAGGAUCAACCAAAAUCGAUGUGGUGAAUUAUUUAUCCAACCUCGUCGUCAUCUAUGUCGCCAUUCUCAAACGGACGAUCGAAACCUACAAUCAUAAAAUCAUGCCGUUGUUGAAGAAAAAUAAUGGAAAUGUCGAUUCGAGCGGAUUGAUCAAUUGGUGUAUUGAGGAGGUGUUGAAGUUGUCAAGACAGGUGAAUAAACAUUUAUAUGGGACUAUGGUGACGUCCACGAGUAAUGGUCUGGAGACUGAUCAACAACCGGUUUAUGUUAUUAAGGAUAGGGUAUUAUAUGAUGAUUUUGUUAAGAUUUUGGUGCCACAGUUGGGAGAAUUGAAGAGGGUGGGGAUAAAUGUUGAUUAUAUAUUUGAACCUAUUAUGUCACUUUCAUAG